AUGGCUGGAACCCGAAGCAGGGUUACUAAGGAGCAAGCAGGGGCGGCCGCGAGCCACACAGCCGGGCUGCGGCGGCGGCGAGGCGACCCCGCGAUGGGCACGGGCAGCAGCAGGCCGGGGAAAGGGCGCAGCUCGGUGAAGCCCUGGCGUGGCCCCGGCCGGGGCAGCAGGAGCAUCAGCGCCCCCGCCAGGCAGGGCCGAGCAGAGGAGGAGCAGGGCGCGGCGGCGGAGGCCAGGUGUUACAGCCAAACUCCGGCGCGCGCCACCACCUCGCCGUCGGCUGGGGAGUCCGACUCGGACUCGGAGCUUCUGGACCGGGUGCUGGAGGAGUGCGGCGACGAAGGGUUCGGGCAGCCGACGGGGGGACGCCGCCGCCGCCACCCCCUCCUCCUCCUCGAGGCCGCCGGCGAUUGCUGCUCCCGCCCGGCAGAGGGCAGCGGCGAAGAGGUCUUUUCAGGAAGAUCCACUCCAGACCUAGAGAGCAACAACAAUGCUAACCAGCUGCCACUCAAGAAGCUUGAGAGGCAGGCCAAGAUAUCCUACGAUUACUCCGAAGAGGAGCUGAUGGCAACGAUUGAGCAGGAAUACUGUCGCUGAAGGUGGUUGUGGACUGUGCCAACAGUGACUUGUGAACAAGCUCACUAUGGAGCGAGAUAGUUGAAGCUGCAGCGGUGUUUCUCAGAAAGUUGUUUUCUAUGGGGUGGGGAGGGGUUGGGAAAGCAAGAGCAGAGAAGGCGGCAUGUCACCAUCCAAGAAGGCUGGAAGAAUCCUUAAACAGGCUGGAGAAGCUUGUGCAGAGUUCUCUCUGCCAUUAUGUCAGGACGUGGCCUUAUAGGGACUCUGUUGUGUCCAUUUGGGAAAAUACAUCUCCAAAGCUGGCGCACCUACAGGCAGGCUGUCAAGUUUUCCUGAUAUCUUCAAAUUAUGACUUGUGGAGGCACCGUCGCCUUCGUCCUCAAAGUCUUGGGAGACAUGCAGCAAGGGACUUGAAUGCUUGUUUUCGACCGUCUGCACUUUUGCCUUUCCCGUGGGCCAGCUUUGACCCUGUCAGACCCCAAGCGCUAACCUGUACAUUAUUAAAGCAUAUAUUCCCAGGAAACUGUACCAGCCUCUUGUAGUUAUAAGAUUCUCUGUGGUCAGUGGAAUGAAUCGGAAGGAAAUUUAUCAGCCAUGCGUCCAAGCUCUUAACAAUAUUAAAGCAGGCACUAUUUCCUCUCCUUUUCUGUGAACAGUUUAACUGACACCAUAAGAUGCUCUCUGCUUCUGAUUUUCUCCUGCCUCUGCCUUUUGCUGGUUCCAGACUUGUGGGAUUAGGCAAGAUUAAAACACAAAUGCUAAUGGAACGUUGGCAUAAAGCUUAAACAAUGUGUAUUCAUAAUGUAAUCCAGGGCUCAUACAGCAAAUGCCAGAGGCUAGAUUUUAACUUUGGGUGGUACCUGUACUUCCUGUUCUUUUAUUUAUUUAUUUUGCAAAUACGUGCACAGCAUGCAGCUUCGAUAUUUUCUUACAAGUUAAGUGUUUGGUGUUUAUGCGUCAUUCUUGGGGACAGUUUAGGAUUGCAAAGCAAUUCAACAAUUGGCCUGCGCUAUACAGGAAAUUACUUGGGAAUAGAGACAGAUGUACCUAAAACCAAGGGCCAUCUCACUAUGGAAACCUUCUGGGAUGCACAUGCCAUUCUUUUGUCAGUCUGUUUUUUGAAACAGGAAAUCCCCUGCAAAAAUCAGCUGACGCUGAUAGAACCACGUACACUGCUUUGAAAACAUGCCCGCUCAAGUCAAGUGGUUGGCGGAUUUCCCCAGGAACCUUUUCCUUUAGAAUGAAAGCCACUUGUUCCAGAUGGCAGCCAGCUUCCCUUGCCAAAACACACACCCUUUCAUCAUCUUAAUGGUCCCAUUAAUCUCUCAAAGGGCUCCCUUCCAGACACCCUUUCUAUUGUGCAUUUGUGAUGAUUUGUGCACAAGAUGCUAUCGGUUGGUUAUGCCCAACCCUUGUUUGGUUGCAUCAGGGUUGACUGCAAUAUUCUGCAGAUGUUUCAAAGUGUGGUGCAAAUGCAAAGCAUUUGCAUCAACCAAGAAAAAUGUUGCUUUCUCCU